AUGUUUGUAGGUCCAUUGUAUCACAUGGGAUGGUACCAUCUGUUCUAUCAAUAUAAUCCUGAUUCAGCAGUGUGGGGGAACAUCACAUGGGGGCAUGCAGUGUCAAGGGACAUGAUUCAUUGGCUCUAUCUACCCAUUGCCAUGGUCCCUAGCAAGUGGUAUGAUAUCAACGGUGUAUGGACUGGGUCAGCCACGCUUCUGCCAGAUGGCAAAAUCCUAAUGCUUUACACGGGUGACACCAAUGACUUUGUGCAGGUGCAAAACCUUGCAUACCCUACAAAUCUAUCUGAUCCACUUCUUCUUGAUUGGGUCAAGUAUGUGGGCAACCCGAUCAUAGUGCCCCCACCCGGUACCCACCAGAAGAACUUCCGUGACCCGACCACCGGUUGGAUCGGGCUGGAUGGAAAAUGGAGGGUCGCAAUUGGGUCAAAGAAAGGAAAAACAGGCCUUUCGUUGGUUUACAAAACCAUUGAUUUCAUCAAUUUUGAGCUAAAUGAUCACUGCUUGCAUGCAGUUCCGGGUACGGGUAUGUGGGAAUGUGUGGACUUUUACCCAGUUUCGAUAAACGGGUCCAAGGGUUUGGAUACAUCAGUUAACGGGCCAUAUGUUAAGCACGUGCUGAAGGCUAGUAUGGAUGACACAAGGGUAGAUAGUUAUGCACUUGGUACCUAUUUUGCUGAAAAUGACACGUGGGUACCCGAUAACCCACUUGAGGAUGUGGGUAUAGGGUUGCUUUUGGACUAUGGGAGAUACUAUGCUUCGAAGACUUUCUAUGAUCAAGAAAAAGAGAGGAGAAUUCUAUGGGGUUGGGUUAACGAAACCGAUACAGAAAGUGAUGACUUGAGAAAGGGUUGGGCUUCUCUUCAGACAAUUCCAAGAACGGUGUUGUUUGAUGACAAGACUGGGACUAGUUUGCUUCUGUGGCCAAUAGAGGAAGUAGAAAGCUUAAGACUAAGUAGUGAUGAAUUUGAGGGAGUGGUGGUUAAGCCUGGCUCUGUUGUGCCACUAAACAUAACCCUUGCAACCCAGUUGGACAUAUUUGCUGAAUUUGAGAUUGAAUCAUUGGCCUCCAAAAACAUCGGUAAGAACAACAUAAUAGAUUGUGGAAAGAUUGGUGCCAGAGACAGAAGUGCUUUUGGACCAUUUGGUCUUCUAGCAAUAGCAGAUGACUCGCUUUCUGAACAAACUCCAAUUUAUUUUCGGCUUUCUGAUACUACUCUUGGUAAUACUACCACUUUCUUCUGUGUUGAUGAAAGAAGAUCAUCCAAGGCUUCGGAUGUUGCAAAGCCAAUUUAUGGUGGCAAAGUUCCAAUCCUUAGUGGUGAAAAAUUAUCAAUGAGGGUAUUGGUUGACCACUCAAUUAUUGAGAGCUUUGCUCAAGGAGGGAGAACUGUGAUCACAAGUAGAGUUUACCCAACAGAAGCAAUAUAUGGAGCUGCAAGAUUAUUUCUAUUCAACAAUGCAACUGAUAUAAACAUCAAGAUCUCCUUAAAGAUUUGGCAAUUGAACUCUGCCUUCAUUCGUCCCUUUCCCUUUGAUCAAAGUCAAUGA